GUGGCAGGUGAUGGCCGAGUAGCAGCUGGCACGCCCGCCGAACCUGCCGCGCCCACGCCCACGUCCGCCCACGGGGAGUAUGGUGGCGUGGCUUGCACCCUCCAUGCCCGCCCACCUGCACUACCACCAGCACCACACCAGCACACCUGCCCAGCGCGCCUGCCAGGCCCGUUUGCCGCCGCCCACCGCGCCCACCGCCGCGCCCUGUUACCCCAAGCGCAGCUUUAGCCCCAGCGCCACCCGCGGCGCCCGCCUGGCAGGAGACCCGGGCUCGCUGUAGGCGGGACCAGCAGGCGAGCAGCGAGGGCGUCGCCGCGGGCGUGAGGUGACGCUCGGCGCCAUUAUAAGGUGCGGGAGGAUGCGGGUGACGGUCCGCGGGGUUCUGGUGGGCGGGAGCGUGGGCGUGCUUCUAACCACGGUGCUUCUGUGGUCCCAGUGUCGCCCACCUCCGCUGCACCUGCCCGUCCACCAGGCCUCCUCGCACGCCCACGGCCAGCAGGCGGACGGGGGCGGCAGCAGGCAGCAGCAGGUACGACGUUCGCCGCUGCAGACCAGCCAUCAACACCAGGGCGCAAACGCGGCCAUCGGAGGCGAGGAGGCGUACGUGGAGGAGGAGGACGCCCAGGGCCGCCCGUCCGAUGCCCACCGCGCCGGCGUCCGUCAGGUACAUUCUUCCUCUUUCAUUUCUUUCAUUUUCUCCCCGGUCGUCGAACUAUUCCCCCUACACCACCCCCUCCCUCCUCCCCCUGGAGCUAAAGCCGACCGGCUGGCGUCUCCCGCAGGACGAGGCGGAGGGCGGCGCGGGCGGGGCGGCGGCGGCGGCGGCGGGCUGUCGCGGGUGUCCGAGGUGCCGUGCGUGAUCAACGGCGAGUACGAGGUCGGCUGCAGGAGGGACGACCGGGACGUGUUCAUCCCUUUCUCGUUCAUCCACAAUUACUUCGAGGUGUAUGGCCGAGUGGAGCAGCGAGGGGAUGGCACCGAUGCGUUUCAGUGGUCCCACAGCUACAGCCGUGUGUAUGAGCCUCAGGGCCACUACCUCCCCACCUCCACCUUCCUCAACUUCGAACUGUACAAUGUCGAGGCCAGAGAAAGGGUUAAGUGUGUGUCUGCCACGGAGGGUGUACCCAUCUCUACCCAGUGGCACAGCUCAGGCUACACAUACCCCAUCCAGAUUGCCCAGUUUGGCUUGGCACACUAUUGCAAACAUCUCACAGAAAACCCUCCACAAAGGGUGGUGCUGGAGGACGGUGAGGAGCACAAGGGCAAGUGGGAGGUCCAAGGGCUUACCUCCUCAGUCUCCCGGAUCCUUGACCCUCUCACCCACUCCAAUGUUCUGAAGUUCAAGACUCCAGAGACCUCAUCGAAAGGUGGUGCUAUGUUAAAACUCAGUGAGGUGUCUACCCAGAAUCUUUUAGUUUUGAGUCUCAACCUUCUCCUACAAGGCAAUGCCAGCUUUACUGUUACCUUAGAAUACAAAGAUAAAAGACCAGAAGUGUUUACUCUCCAUUAUAUCCGUUCAGAGACCUUGCUGACUGCCAAGGACCGGCAGAUAUUUUAUGGUCUAGGGAACCCUUCAGGAUGGAAGCGCAUUACACGCAACCUCCUCAUUGACGUUCAUAAGGGUGCAGCGGCCUCACCAGCACUUCGUAAAAGGUUUAAGAAGAUUUCAAGAUCCAAGCUAAAGGUCCUGGCUCUUUACCUGAAUGGCGAGGGAAGCAUCGGCAACGUCAGUCUAGCGUCUGCCGAGCACCUCCACCACUUUUACGAUGCAGCCAACUGGCUCCUCAACCACCAGGACGACCGCGGUGGAUGGUCCAUCUCUGUCCCGCGCAAGGUGAUAUCAGGUGUGUUGGAGCUAGAUGCAGGCUGGUACUCGGCAAUGGCACAAGGUCAAGCCAUGUCACUCCUGGUGCGUGCAGCUCACCACUCUGGAGACUCUAGCUACCUCAAGGCUGCCAUUCGUGCCACAGCCCUGUUCUCUGUCAAUGCAUCACAUGGUGGUGUGCGAACCUAUUUCCCUGGUGGCUUUGUAUGGUACGAAGAAUACCCCACAACCCCAUCUCUCUUUGUGCUCAAUGGAUUUAUCUACAGCCUCCUUGGACUCUAUGAUCUCAAAGAGUUCUCGCUUGAGUCGAACAGCAAUGGAGCCGAGCUGUUUGCAGAUGGUAUGGUCUCCCUCAAGAAGCUGCUGCCACUCUUCGACACUGGCUGGGGCUCCUUGUACGACCUGCGGCAUUUCACAACCCAUGUAGCUCCCAACCGAGCCCGCUGGGACUACCACACCACGCACAUCACCCAGCUCCUGCUCCUGGCCUCAAUUGAUGAUGACCCAGUUCUCUCUUCAACAGCUCAGCGCUGGAAGGAGUACAUGGUUGGGCACAGGGCUAGCCAUAACUAAGGGGUUUCUUUGUUCUUUUAAUGAUAGUGAUGAAGAGAUAUAUCGGUUGUGGUAUCGUAGUUCACUAAUAAUAUAUUUAAGUAAGAUAUUAUUUUUUACUUUUCUGUUAGUUUAACGUUAUUUGUUGCUGUGUGUAGAUUUUCCUAUUCAGAUAUUUUUGAUUUUGUGAGAUUUAAUGUUCUUGAGAAUUCUCUAGAGAUUAUUUUAGUCUUUGAUACUUUUUAUUUAGAUACUGACUUCAUUUCUAUUAGGAUGAAUUAGUAAAUAUUACCUCAGUUUUCACAAGGUGUUUGUGAGUAAUAGUGGUGAUACCUACCUAGAGAUCAGAUCUGGAAGAUGAGCCUUUAGCAACAUUGUGAAACUUGUAUAAAUGUUUGUAUGAUUUGCUGUGAUGCAGUGAAUACUAUAUUUAUACAUACCUAUAUAGAUAUAUACAUAUAUACCUGAUCCUCUGUGAACUCACCAUUUCCUUAGCAGAAGAUUUAGACCAUAGUCUUUUGAGAGUGACAUGUUGAAAAAAAAAAAGAACAGAAAAAUUGUUCAUUUUUACUAUACAUAAUUACUGUUGUUACAUAACUUGCUAUGUGUGUUCAUGACACGCAUAUGUAAACACUCAACUACAUUCUUUUGUUUACCAUAGACAUGAAAACGUAAUAUUAAAAUCUUAGUAAAAACAUUCAUCUCUUAUUGUGGCUGAAGAAUCUGCGUUCUCUUGCUUCCUAGUCUCUAAGGUGAAAGUGUUGUGUCAUGAUAGGUUUGCUAUUGACUGAACAGCAGGGGAAUCUUGUGUAGUGUGUGUGUAAGUAGAAGGACAGGUGGUUACUAGAGACUAUUUUAACUACUCUGCCUUGCUAUGUGAUAUUUCUGGUAAAUAAUGAACUGGGUCCACUUGUGAAUACAAAGCUAGUGUGGAUGUUGGCAGGCAGACUUGCAGGCAGGCAGGCAGGCAGGCAGGCAGGCAGGCAGGCAGGCAGGCAGGCAGGCAGGCAGGCAGGCAGGCAGGCAGGCAGGCAGGCAGGCAGGCAGGCAGGCAGGCAGGCAGGCAGGCAGGCAGGCAGGCAGGCAGGCAGGCAGGCAGGCAGGCAGGCAGGCAGGCAGGCAGGCAGGCAGGUAGGAUGGUCUGUUGGAAGGUUGAUGAAUGCUAGAAUCUCCCAUGCUGUGUUCCCAGGAGUGUCUGUAGGGUCUGCCUCUGCCAUUGUCCUCAUGUGAUCUUCCAUUAUCUUGUGGCCACAGCUCAAAUUGUAAAUGAGUGUGUAAUUAGUGUUUCUUCAAAACUUUAAAAAACUAAAGAUUGCUGAUUAGGAACUCAGCUUUAUAUUUUGAUACUCAUGUGAUUAUAUACACGUGAUUAGGAAAUGCUGUCAGGCUUACUGCCCUCUGUGGAUAAUCUGCUUUGCAAAAGAGGACUUAGUUUGUCUUAGGGCAUAAAAUCUCUAACUGAAUCUAUAACUGCUACAGUUUUACCAUUUUCUUCUAUGAAGAAACUAUUGAAAGAAGGGAAUAAUUUGUAACAGUAUUUUGGUACAUCUAGUUUAUAUUUUCCCAAACUAAAUUUGCAAAAUUAGGGUAAUUUGUUGUUGCAAAAGGUAUUUGAGUUGAUGUCACAUGCCUAUGAACAUUGCAUUUUAUCUCCCCCAAAAAAACUAUCUGCACCAUCUAAACAGUUUCCCCUUGAAUAUUUUAAUCAAUUUCCCCUUAACUAUUUGCAUUGUGGUGUAAUAUUCCCUGGGCUUCCAGUAAUAAUGUGCUAAUGUACUUAGGGUGGUCUUCAGCCCAGAGGGUCUGUUAGAGUACCACCUCUUGAAUGUUUACAAACUGCCACUUAAGUUUCAGUAGGCUGCCUUAUGGGCACCCUGAGAGUGUGGUUGAGUGCCACCUUUAGGGUGUAGUGACAUGCUGUAUUAGGGACUUGUUACCCAUAGGGCUGAGGGAGUACCACCCUGAGGGUCUUUGGAUUGCUACCUAAAAUGUUGGUGUAAGUUCACCUGACGUGUUUGUCAAUUCAUUCAUCAGAACUUUGAGAACUGUCACUUCUACUUUUUAAGAUCAGAGUAAUACCCACUGAAAAAUAUUUAAUCUGAGCUUUAGUGAAAUGUAUUAUUCUGAGUAUUUUCAUAAAAUUUUGGCAGACAAACACAUUUAUGGUAACUGCAUUUCACCUUAAAUGAAUGAUGGAUUGUCAUCAUCAAAAGUUGGUGAUGAGGUGUUACUGGUUGGCUCCAACACACUUUAUUCACCCUCACUUGUGCUCAACCCUUUAAUGCAACUGCAGUUCUGAUAGGAUAUACCCAAGAUAAGAUACUUCAACAUUAUUUCAGAUAUUACAGCUUUAACAUGUUUUUUCAUGCAUGUAAACGCAAACGGUAAGGUUAACAGUGUUCAAUUAAGUAUAAUAAAAAAGAUUAAAUGUU